CUUUAGUCAGGAACCUUUGAUUUCUCUGAAAUCCUGGAGUGAUGUGGUGGUGGGGAAGGAGCAGGGGAAUCACAUAUCCACGGAGACUUUCGAGGCAGAUAGUGUGUGAUGAGAUAUUUAGCAGAUGAUAAUGCAAACCACAGAGAAAUAAUAAGAGGAGGAGGAAAUUUGUUUGCUGGCUUGGAAGCUGUUGAGCAUUUAGAGAUGGGGGAGAUCAGCUUGGUGAUGGGAGCCAAUAUAAUAACCUAGAUAGAUUUACCUUGGCUUCCUCGCUGUAAACAAACCACUGGAGAAAACUUGUUCCCUUCCCACGUAGCUGUUGAGUGCUCUCCCCAGGAAAAGACGGUAGGGGCGGAGGCGUGGUUUUUUUUCUGUUUCUCAUCAGUACUAGGGUUCUGGUAGAUGUGCUAAAUGUACUGCAGUCUAUUCUCACCUCAGUGUGGAUGAAUUACAGGGAAGCGAAAUAACAAAGGAAUAACAAACCCUCUCCUCUUGGAUACAGCCACUAUCCUCUUGUGCCAGAUUCUGCUGUUACCGAACUCUGUUUGGGGAGAGCUCCACUCGGCAAUAUAGCGGUGCAAAAGAAGCACUCUGUGCUGUGGUCCCCUGAGAGGAUGGCUCAGUGGGGUAGUAGGAGGAGCAUGAUCAAAAUCUCAGCAGCCUCCAAGCAUGUCGUGUAUAAAAGCCAGAGUUCCCCAAAAGGGGCUCUUCACAAGAAAUGCUGCACUCUGACACCACACUGGAGUAUAUGGUGCUUUCACCCAUCCUGAGAUUGUAACGCCAGCAGAAGGCAGACCAUGGACAGUGGUAAACAGGUGAAGGUAGCAGCUGUUUUGAGUCUUCCCUUCAUUUUCCAGUUGUGCACAGGCAACAAUGUCACUGACUACUAUGACGCCAACAUCACUGUUGAUUACAACAUGUUUGAGACUCUCUGUGAGAAGGCUGAGGUCCGGAGCUUCCGCGCCGCAUUCCUCCCAGCUAUGUACUCACUCAUCUGCUUCGUUGGGCUCCUGGGGAACGGCCUGGUGAUGCUAACCUACGUCUACUUCAAGAGGCUCAAGACAAUGACUGACAUCUACCUGCUGAACCUGGCCUUAGCGGACAUCCUCUUCCUGCUGACGCUCCCCUUCUGGGCCACGAGCGCAGCCAAGUACUGGCUUUUUGGGGAGUUUGCCUGCAAAGCCGUCUACUGCAUCUGCAAGAUGAGCUUCUUCAGCGGGAUGCUGCUGCUCCUGGCCAUCAGCAUUGACAGGUACUUCUCCAUUGUCCAGGCCGCCUCCGCCCACCGUCUCCGCUCCCGCAUGAUCUUCAUCAGCAAGAUCACGUGCUUCUCCAUCUGGAUCCUGGCCUUUGUCCUCUCCAUCCCAGAACUGGUCCACAGUGGAGUGAACGCAUCCGAGACCCCCCGCUGCUCCAUCAUCGCCACCACCGACUUGCACAAGUUCGACACUGGCAUCAAAGUGUCCCAGAUGGUCUUUGGCUUCCUAGUACCCCUGUUGGUCAUGUCCUUCUGCUACUUUGUCAUCGUCAAGACCUUGCUCCAGGCCCGUAACUUUGAGAAGAACAAGGCCAUCAAGGUCAUCAUCGCUGUGGUGAUAGUCUUCGUCGUCUUCCAGCUGCCUUACAAUGGCGUCAUGUUGGCCAAGACCAUCUCCGCUUUCAACAAUACUGACAGCCUGUGCGAGAAGAGUAAGCAGCUUGACGUGGCAGACGACGUGACCUACACUCUGGCCUGCUUCCGCUGCUGCCUCAACCCCUUCCUCUAUGCCUUCAUUGGCGUCAAGUUCCGCAACGACCUCUUCAAGCUUCUCAAGGAGCUGGGUUGCCUGAGCCAGGAGCGGCUCUGGCAUCUGUCGAGCUGCAGGGAGAACAGGCGGUUCUCCUUUGCUAUGGAGACCGAGACCACCACCACUUUCUCACCGUGAGGGGUGGGUUCUGUGCCUGCUUUGACUGGGCCAAGGCUGGGGUAUUCCUGCAUCUUGCAGCCAUCUUGAAUUACUGAUUUGAGCAGGGCCAGCUUCACCUUGGCCAGAGAGCUGUAUCAGUGCAGAACAAAACCUGUUAACUCCCCCACGUUUCAGGAAAGGCAGGUAGGUAUACAGUACUCCAUGUGGGAGAGACUCAGCUAAGGUUACAACAAAGUACUAAACUGGGGAGCAAUUAGACCUCGUGUUAAUUGUUCCAUUUCCCCUCAAUUCCAUUUGGGCAUCAUUCCUCAUUGCUCCAAUAUGAAAACCCUUUUUCUUAUUGGUGUUACAGCUGAGCUCUCCGGAGCACCUCCUUGCUUUGAAUGCCGCAUUUAACAAGACUGCAUUUUGCUCUUUCUUGCACACACAAACUUUGUAGCACUGAUCCAGCUAGUAAGACAGAAUGGGACCAAGCCGUGCCUCAGACUCCAAGCUCAGCACAAUACAUGGUAUAAGCUAGCAUUGACUUCUGAUUCUUGAUUAGGCUUCAGUUGCUUGAAUGCUGGAAUGAAUCAGUAGCCCUAGCAUGCAACUCCCAGUUCUCUCCAAAAGUCAGAUUUGCAUAAUUAACCCUAAAACUACAGAUUUUUAAAAUGAAUAAGUUUGAUAACAGUCACUGUUAAUGCAAAAUCUCAAAAGUUUGCUGGGGGAAACAAUGGCUUUCAAUUCACUUUGCUUGUGCUGAGAUUUCGGGUUUUGCCUAUAAAGUUCCAUAUGGUUUAGAGCAGGGGUUCUCAAACUGGGAGUCGGGACCCCCAGGGGGUCGCAAGGUUAUUACAUGGGGGGUUGCGAGAUGUCAGCCUCCACCCCAAACCCCGCUUUGCCUCCUGCAUUUAUAAUGGUGUUAAAUAUAUUUAAAAGUGUUUUUAAUGUAUAAGGGGAGUUGCACUCAGAGAUUGCUGUGUGAAAGGGGUCACCAGUACAAAAGUCUGGGAACCCCUGGUUUAGGGCUUGUGCAUCAUUGGAGGCAGCCUCUUCACUAUGGCAGAGAAUUAAGCUAAACUUCACCAAGGCCACUUCAGGACUGAAUGAGAGGGUUUGUCUACAAGGGGACACUCCAGAUAAAUAAUCCAAAUUAACUAACAGUGUGAAUUUUAAAGUGGAUUAGUUAAACCACAUUAAAUCCCUGUGUGGACACUUCAAAAUUAAAGUGGCCUUAAUUUGAUUUAAUUCAUUAAUGAAGUUGAACUAAUGUGCUUUAAAUUCACAUCUUUAGUUCAUUUGGAUUUACUUUUCUGAGCGUCCCUGCGUAGACAAGCCCUCAGUGUUUGUAAACUACCAGUUGAGAACAUCUGGGGCAUUACUGCAUGAUCCUGAAAAUGGCAAAGUACUCUGGCCCCAAUCUAGCAUGAUACUUAAGCAUGUAUUUAAUUUUAAGCACCCCGGCUAGUCCCCAGCGCCUGCCGUCCCAGUGAAGUCAAAUAGGAUUACUCACAUGCUUGACUUCAAGCACACGUGUAAUAAGCAUUUCGCUAGACGGGGCCAAAGUGUUUAGCAGGAAUGAGCCCAGGGCCCCUAUAGCUCUAGAAUAUAUAUUUCUCAGUGGAGGGCUCUGACCUGGAAUUUGUUUCUGACCUUGGUUUGACAGCUCAUGGACGCCAGUCUUUGGAGCCUGUCAAAGGCUGCUCAGGCUUUUCAUGAGAGGGGAGGCAGGUUUUCCUCAAGGAGCAGCGUUUUUUGUUCUCACUUGCUGACCUCAGUUUAAUAGAGGAACAUGUAGAUGUGAGUUCCCCACCCAAGCUCACUUGUCCCUCGGAGAAGCUGUAACAGGUGCCUUUUGAGAACGCAAGGGAAAUUUAAAAAAAAAUAAACCUCCAUAAACUCCUGGAAGUGCCUCUGACGUUCAGACAGUCAGUGCUAUUAACGGUGUUCCUCGGUACAGUUGGAUUUAAAAGUGACAGCCAGCCAUGCAACCGAUUACUGUCACGUAAACUAAGACAUGGAAAAGAAGCCCAGAGUGUAAUGCCCAUUGGUGCAUUUAGUGGAAACCUGAGGGACUCAAACUUGUGGAGGAACAUCCUGGGAAUUGCUGCCAUGGGAUGGCUGAAUGUCAGUUGAGUGGGCGUCUCCGUAAUUCAAUCUGCCAUUGCAGCUGUUCUGACUACAGAGCUGUAAUCACUAAAGCACACAGAGACAGGUCUCCCUUGAACCAGAUACCAAGGGCAAAAGGUCCUGGCAGUACCCCAGCGUCUGUGGCAGGGGACAUUUUACGACAUCCAAGUGACACAGAAGGAAGCUCCUAACUCCCAUCCUCUUGGCACACUAAACACAAAUUCUGCUCUCCCUGCCACGAAGCCGAACGGCCUCUAACUGACCCUUCCCUACCUGCUACACAAUAGUCCCCUAUAAAAAUAACCCUCUUGGAAGCUUUUGAUCGGGGGCAAGAGAGUCCAGUAAAGGACGCACUGCCUUAAAGGAGAAAACAUUCUGCUCUGCAAAGUUGAUGUAUUUAGGAUUAUACAAUCCUAGCUGAUUGUUUAGAGUGUUUCAUGGUGCCCAUGUCUCUUGUACGAGCGCUGCUUUCUUACAACCCCUAAGUAACGGGGGCUGUGAACUACCCCACUGGAGAUUUAGUUUUUUUGGUUUGAUCCAGCACUCCUCAUUCAGGAAAGCUACCAAUCAUCUCUCAACGUGUUUGCCAGAGCAAGGAAUUCGUCUAAUACAGGGUCUUAUUUUGGUGCAUCAAUAGGAUAGACUUGUACUGUAUAUUCAGAUAUAUAAAGUUGCUGUAUGUAGAACAAGAGGUGAAUUUGUACAUGAAUGUAUUCUGUAAGGCUGUACUGCCCAGAAACAGGGUUUGUCUAUACAAACAAUUCAUUUAUGGGAACCUGGGGUGUGAAUCUCCCCUGCACUAAUCUGUUGUGGACUAAUUUGUUCAAGUACACUCUGCUGAUUUGCAUUAACAGUUUGUUAAUAUGCUUUGAUCUAAUCCUCUUUGAAAUGGGACUAGAUCAAAGCACAUUAACAAAUGGUUAACAUGCACUAGCAAGGCCUACGCCAACAGUCAGUCUGUGGCAGACAAGUGCCGGGUAGAGUCACGCUACAGUUUGCUGCAAACCAUUUGUGGAGACAAACCCUAAGCUUUUUCUGGCUAAACAUGUUCAAGCUAAUUCAUUUUUCAUUU